ACCAGUCUGACCGUCGAACAGUGAGGACCAAAGGUCGAUUGGACUUGGACGGAGUUGCUCGACAUUGCGCGGGCCCGCGAGGAGCCGGACGACCGUUCGAGGAAUCGGGAAGGAAACUUCACAGAAAAGUCAAGCGGAUCAACGGAAAUUACGAAACGGAGGAUUCGCCCGUUCUUCCGGAACAAGUUGAAGCGGAAGAACCGGAGGAGUCUCGACGCUCGUAGCAUUCUCCGCCGAAACGGAGAAGCGUGCGGAUACGUACUUCGAACUGGAAAACGGAAGUCCCCGGGGAACUGCUCGCUCGACUACUAAGUGUACGGUGGAAACACAACAAGUUCCCGAAAUGCUGGCAGCCUCGAUUUGUCACGAAAUCUACUAUACAGUAUUGCCCAGUACGACCAUGACCUCGCGAGUACCACGCUGUCUCUUUGGCCGGCCGAACUCGCGGGAGACCAUUGAGAUGCUCCAGGAGGCGCUAGACGCGGAGAGGAGCAAAUUCGCCAGGAGAUGGGGAGUGGACCCGUGCUCCGAGGAUAAGGAGAAUAACUACCAGAGGCGGAAUAACGAGAGGAGUGACCGGUCGCCCAAUAAAAAGCGGAGUAAUCCGUAUUCAAGGCAGACCAGCAUUCACGAUUAUUGGCGAGCUCGAAAAGUGUGCGACGUGAACAAGAAACCGCUGAUGCCUGCAGUAGACAUAUCAAAGCAAAAUGUGGAAUCGAAAACAACUAAAGCGACCGCUACGACAACGACAACGACGAUAACGAAGACCACGUAGAAGACGAUGUUGAAAUGAUUGCGUAUUCCUAGACCCCGUGUACACGUGCGGUUUUCUCUUGUUUUGCAACGGUGGUGAAAAAAACCGCCAUAUUAAUUUAAUUUUAUCGGAUAACAAGAAAAUCAACUCGGAAGCAGUUAGUUAAAAAUUGUUUUAAAAAAAUUAAUAUAUUUUGCAUUUAUCGGACUAAUCAAAUAUUAUUUAAAUAUUAUUUAAAUAACACUGUUAAAUAUUAUUUAAAUACUAUUUUGUUUUAAUUUUGAAGGACGCACUGCAUAAAGUAAUGACCGUCAAGUAACAAAAUAAGUAUAAAUAAACUGUUAGGCGCGGGGUUUUAAUGAUCGUUUGCGUAAGCCGGAUUUCGUUUACGCUACCGAAAUUUGUAUAUUUGUUCUUUGGUCUUUCGAAUAUUAUAUAUUAUUAUGGAUGAAUUAUUAAAAUAAUCAUCUUUAGAGUUAAUCGCCACAGAUGUAUUAACUAAUUUUUGUAAAUAAUUUGUCAAGUGAUUUAUGGAGGUUUAAGUGGACUCACCGUUGUAAUUGUCAACUAAAGUGCCCAAAUGAUCGAUUAUCAAUUUAAAGUGGCUUACUAACAUGAUUUUUAGCUCUGUAUAUUAUAUCUUUUCACGGCGGCGACGAUCCAUCGAAAGCCUAAAACGGUUGAUUCUACGACGAAACCGACGAUGCAGCGCCUCCAAAGACUAAUUGAUUACAAAUGUCAAUUUUCGCACCUCCGCAACUCUCGUCACGCGAGAGACAGGAGAAUGUCCUAUGUACAUGUUGUUUUAGACUUAAAGGAGAAAGUUCUCUAGUCAUUUAAUCAUUUAAGCUAGUAAUAAACUAUUGUGCUUUCAUUCCUACA